GGAAUAUCAUUAUCAUGUUGAUAACUCUGAUUUUCCUGAUCGGAGCUGCAAGUGCAGUUCCUACCCGACAAGAAUGCCCCAGAAUCCUGGAGACAGCCGGAGUAUCCGAAACCUUCGCACAGAUGGUAGCCCAUAGCAUCCAUUCUUUGACUUUAGAAGACAUCCGAUACUUCUUCAAGGAGAAUACUACGGAAGAAAACGGCAUUCCAACCGUGAACAUGGAUUUGGCGACUGACAUCAGAGUUCUCCCUAACGCACCGUUAGCUGGGUAUGAUGACGACUUUUCAACAAGGAGCAUGAAAACCUUUGACUUGGUGAUGAGGAACAUGAACCGAACUUGGUGGGGUAUCACGAACUACGACACCCUCGACAAGCUGACCCAUGCCUUCCACAUGGCUGAGAUCUGGGACAAGACCGCCGAGCAGUAUACAAUGGUAGAGAAACUGCUAGACCCACAGUCUGACCUAUGCGACUGUGUGACCGACAUUGAAGACAACGAUGUGCUGAACUACCUGAAUCUUCUGGCUUUCAAGAUCAAGUACCCUGGUAUUACUUCUGGCAACAAGACUCUCACAGAUAAUUAUCUGAGCUCUGGAGUGAGUGUUGGCUUUGCAGAUAAUGUGAAAAUUCACAUAAUAUUAUACAUGAUAUUUUGGGCAGGGGCGGUACUAGAAGCCUUUCCGUGGGUGCAAUAUUCUCGCAAAACCACAUUUAUGUACAAUUUAUGA